CGAAUGACGGGCAGAAAAACAUCGGCGUGAUCGGAACUUCUGCGAUGAAUCCGAGUUUCUUGAAAUCCCCCUCGAAAAUCACAGUCGGUAGGAUCGGAGCUUCGAAUUUCUGUUUCUUCCCACGAGGUCGAUCCCUGGAUGUUUCCUUUGAGCACCCAACGAGCUCCGUGAUUCGCUCGUACCGGCCGCGAAACGCUUCGAUGCUGACUUUGGCUCGCUGGAUCGUAUUCGCGGUUGUCAUCUGCGGCGUCUUGUCUGAUACCGUUGGGAGUUCAUCUUCAGACGCCCGUCGCUUGAAGAAGAAGCUUUCAAUUGCCAAUAACAAUUUCGCCAUGAAUCUCAUGCGGCUGCUCCCGAAGGACAAAAAUAUCGUCAUAUCUCCAUUCUGUUUAUCCUCGGCUCUGGGCAUGCUUUACGCGGGGGCAGGUCCCAGUACGGCCCGAAAGAUGGCCUCAGCUCUACAAUACGUAUCCACGAAUCUGCAAGAGGAAGACGUCAGUAAAGGUUUCGAAUACCUAAUCGAAGAGAUCAAGCAGCCUGAUCCAGGUUUCACAAUGGUCGGGGGAGAAGCCGUGUUCUUUGAAGCGAACGAUGUCAGGCCGGAGUUCAGAUCGGCCAUCGAAUCUCGAUUCAAAGGUCACGCUGAGUCCGUGAAUUUCACCGCUGAACCCACAGAAGCGAAAGAUGCCAUCAAUAUAUGGGUUAGGAACUCUACCAAGGGACUCGUUUCGUCAUUCCUUCGGAGGCCGAUCGUGCAGAACAACACGAAAUUGGUCUCGCUCUCGGUCGUGUACUUUAGAGGCUUUUGGGAUCAGGCUUUCAACCCGAACGACACAUAUGAAGGCGAAUUCCUCAAUGGCGGGACCCAACUGAAGAAAAUUUCGAUGAUGCGAGGUCAAAUUGAGAGAGCCGGUUUUGCAAAACUUGCCAGAUUGAACUCGACGCUGUUAGAUCUCGCUUACGGCGAUAACAUAUCAAUGGUUCUCAUACUGCCAGAUAAUCCGACGAACUUCAGCUACGUUGAGUCGCAGAUUUCCCCCGUGGAUAUUCAGAUGGCGAAACGAGGACUGACACCGACAAGUGUGGACGUGCAUCUACCGAAGUUCGAAAUCGAGGCAUCCUACAACUUGCAAGACGCCCUGCUGAAAUCUGGAAUGGUCGAAGCUUUCUCCGAGCUAGAUUCGGAUUUCUCGAAUAUCUCAGAAACUGACGGGCACCAACUGAGCAUUUCGAAGGUUCUCCACAAGGUCAAGUUCCGGAUCGAGGAAGAUGGAUUAUCAGUGACUUCACUCGGAGGCAUCGCGAAGGACAUGCUCUACAAGUCGCAAGACGAUAUCCCGGAUCAGAAAGUUUUUCGAGCGGAACACCCAUUCCUGUUCUAUGUUUUUCACAAUCCAACAAACGUUAUUCUAUUUUCGGGCAGGAUGGUCAAGUUCUGA